GAACAGACUACACUGCAAUAAAACUUUGACUCAUCAUUGAUAACGACACAAUUACUCAACAAUUCAUUGAUAUGAACAUUUUUGUGUAACGUUGUAAACUCUUGUAUUUUGCAUAAUUCAACUCACUUAUGUACAUGUAGCAUUAGUUGUCUGUUGUUGCACAUAAUGCAGACGCAUUGUUAUUAUAGUGGUUCACAUGUUAAUUCCAUGAAACUAACCAAUCUUUGAUGAGUUUACUGGUUACACUGGUGAUACACAGGCAAACAAGGGUAAGAAAUGAAACCUUACUGUUCACAUGUUUGAAGUUAUUUUACUAAAAUAGACCUUGUUAUCUUUAGGGUCAUUUUCAACGGAGACACUAUUUAACUCGUUGUUCAUCACAUAAAGAAAGUCAAAUAGCCUAAAGCAAUCCUUUCACAAUAAAUUUCUAAAAGAAACAAGCGCAUGGAUUGUAAAAAGGCGGUGGUAAAAAAUGCUGAUAUGCCAGAUGAAAUGCAACAGUAUGCUGUAGAUACAGCUGCACAAGCAAUGCAUGAAUUCAAUAUUGAAAAAGAUAUUGCAAGUAGUGUAAAGAAGGAAUUUGACAAAAAAUAUGGUCCAACAUGGCAUUGUAUUGUGGGACGAAAUUUUGGAAGCUACGUAACACAUGAAACGAACCACUUCAUUUAUUUCUACCUUCAAAAUGUUGCCAUAUUACUGUUUAAAUCUGGAUAA